CCCAGCGUCAGGGCCCCAAAAAGCUUAGUUUUGCACGUAAACGUAAAUCUACAACUAAACCACAAUUCUUAUUACUAAACAUAUAUUUUAUUUUAUUUUGUCCUUAAAAUGCUUCAUUUUCCAUAAUGAUGUAAUUUUCUUCGUGAAAUAGACGCCAAAACACUUGUAAUUGUAUGCCCGGUAUAACUGCUAGUCACAGACGUAAAUUUACGAUGUUUGGUAAAAAUUGCCCCUUGAUUACUAUUUCUCUUUGCAGAUAUUAUAUGACGACAGCGGCAGAUGACCUGGCUAUAGUUUACAAAGACGGAGGCAUACUGUCUUUCAUCGUAACCAGAUUCCGUACCCCGUGUCAGAAAUCUGGUGGUGAGAACGCCGUGUUGGAAUGCACGAUGAAAUUCGGGUCCUGGGUUUACAACAAUCAACAGCUUGACCUUCAACGUCUGUUUCCAGAUAACAACGAGGCUGAUUUAUCCAACUACGAACUGAACCCGACGUGGGAAAUCCUGAACGCUACUGUCGUACAAAAUGUCAACACCUACGAGUGCUGUCCAGAAGGAUACACGGAUAUCACGUACACGUUCAAAUUUCGAGAAAUACAGGACUUAUAGAUUUGCAGGGAGAUUGACAUAGCCGGGUAGCUAUAUGAAUGUAGUAGAAGACGAAUAUCACUUUGUUCUAGUGUGUCCUUUCUUCAGUAACAUAAGAGAUAAAUAUAUUAAACCUUUUUAUUACAAUAAACCAUCAACAUUUAAAUUAACGCAACUAC